AUGCCGAAUCGCUGGAAUGGGUACACCAUUCCUGAUACCGGUGGCUGCGACUCUUAUGGACGGCUCAGAAAACUCAAAGCUGCGGGACAAUCACCUCAGCUUGAGACAGUGCCAAAAAUAUCCGCUGAAACCCAUUGCCUUCAAUUUUGGACAUACUCUGCAUUUUUCAAUCUUGUGGAGAGAAACAUGUCGGUCGCAAAUUUCAAAUCGGUACUCGGCUCGGGACUCCACAGAUACGACAUCGAAGAUUCAAAAGGUGACUGGUGUGGGACAAUCAUUCUAGAUAAUACCUGGGCCGAAGGCUGUGGCAAAGUACACGAAUUCAUCGCAAUAUCUGAAGCCAAAGACUUGGGACUUGAAGAAUUCGACAGUUGGACAUAUUAUAUCCCGCAAGAACGAGAAGAAGCAGAAUGGUAUCUAUACUACGCUUUGAUGAUACAAUGGAACGACGAAAGAACUGUCGCGAAGCGAGUAGGCCUUGCAAAAAUCUUUAAAGAAGCAUUUCAUUCAUGGCCCCUUGCGCCAGGAUUGAAAUGGAAGGAGAUCGCAUUGGGUUGA